AUGAUUACAGAAAACAAAAAUAAGCAAGCUAACGUUGAGGUCACAGUUACUUCGCUAGAAAAGACCAUUGAAUUGCAGCAACAAAGGCUAAGUAACCUUGAGGAUAGGGAGAGGCGAAAUAAUAUGAUUGUGUUCGGCAUUCCAGAAGCGAACAAUGAGACAGCUGCAGAUUUGGAACAGAAAGUGAUAAGAGAUAUCUUCUUCGGACAACUUGGUGUAACUGUGACGUCUGUUGAAAGAAUCCAUCGUUUGGGCCCGAAACGACAAGAUAAAAACAGACCCGUCAUCCUCAGAGUAUAUAAUUACAACGAGAAGCAGCUGGUGUUCAAGAACUGCAGGAAACUAAAAAAUACCCCCGUGAGCGUGUCCGAUGACUAUUCAAAGGAGACAGUGGAAAAGCGACGGCAACUUUGGAACUCGGGACGACAAGAGAAACGGAACGGAGAUAAAGUGCGACUUGUGUAUGACAAGCUUUUCGUAAAUGACGUAGCCUACGUCUGGGAUUCUGUAACGAACACGCGCGUUCAACAGAGUGCACAGGUCAUGCCAAUGGCCUCUCAACAAAAUUGA